AUGUCGGUCAAGUUCCAGGAAGAGGUCACCAAGUCAAUCCGAGAGGAUACCAAGGAAUUGGCGCAUAAGGUUGGCGAGCGCUUGACGGGAGGAGAUGCUCAGACAGGUUACCUCGCUCUCUACCUGCGUCAGCUGCAGUCGAAUCCCCUGCGCACGAAGAUGUUGACAUCCGGUUUGCUUUCGGGUCUCCAAGAAUUCCUAGCUUCCUGGAUAGCAAACGAUGUCAGCAAGCAUGGACAUUACUUCAGUGCUCGGGUGCCCAAGAUGACCCUCUACGGCAUGUUCAUCAGCGCGCCUCUGGGCCACUUGCUCGUCGGCAUCCUCCAGAAAGUCUUUGCUGGUCGCACCAGCUUGAAGGCUAAGAUCCUCCAGAUUCUCGCCAGCAACCUCAUCGUCUCCCCCAUCCAAAACGCAGUCUACCUCACGUCGAUGGCCAUUAUCGCCGGCGCGCGCACCCUCCACCAGGUCCGCGCAACCGUCAAGGCUGGUUUCAUGCCCGUCAUGAAGGUCAGCUGGAUCACCUCGCCUCUGGCGCUCGCUUUCGCCCAGAAGUUCCUUCCUGAGCACACCUGGGUGCCAUUCUUCAACAUUAUCGGGUUCUUCAUCGGAACCUACGUCAACACUCACACCAAGAAGAAGCGUCUGGAGGCUCUGAGAAAGCGCUACGACCAACGCCGUGGCCCCGGCAGCGAGUACGAGAAGGGCGGCGACUACCGGUAA